AUUGGGGAUUAUCCCUUGGGACGACGAGUUGAUUUGAUGUUAGGUGGCGGAAGGUGCUAUUUCCUGCCAAAUAAUACCGAGGGUAGUUGUAGACCCGACACGAGAGACGCGUUGUCAGAAGCCCAAAAGGCCGGAUUUCAUUAUCUGUCCACUCGAGAAGAAUUUGAUAAGCUUGAUAACACCUCGCAUAGCAUUCCACUACUUGGCUUAUUUACUCUUGACCACAUGUCCUAUGAAAUAGACCGUGAUGCCACCAAGGAACCUUCGUUGGGAGAGAUGUCGGAAAAAGCCCUUAAAAUUCUUGAAGCACAAACCGCGAAUAGUGACAAAGGAUUUUUCUUAAUGAUAGAAGGAAGUCGAAUUG